AUGCGGAUUGGAGUACAGCUGUUGAAGCGCAUGCCAAUGGACUUCGAGCCAAGUGAAACCAUCGCAAGAGUGAAAUCCAAGCUGGAGUCCAUCUUUUUAGACCAGCUGAAGAAACAAGGCGAGGAGGACGUCGAUGAGGUGGAUGUGACGCUGGUCUUCGAAGGCGAAGUCUUAGAGGAGGAGCAGACCUUGGCCUCGGCCGGGCUGGUGGAGAACUCCACCCUCGUGGUGCUCUCGCGCACGCUGGCGGAGGUGCAUGGGAAGCACAGCGGGGUCUUUUCUGUGAGGAAGGCCUUCGAAGAGCUGGCGCAGAGUGGGCACACUGGGCCCGAAGCAGAGAUCCAGGCCCUGAAAACUGCUCCGCCCUUUAGCAUCUUCUGCAACCUCCAGGAGUUGGGAGAGCUGGGUGCCGGUUGGGUUCUAUUCUUCCACUUCGUGCGCUUUCUGGGCAUUUUGUGCUUGUUCCUCUUCUGUUUGCAGUUGCCCAGCUUUUUGGUCUUUCGAUCCUUUCCAGAAGAGGCCCUGGAGAGCUGGAGGAACUUCACACAUACCAAGAGGGAUCGGCCCAUUCGUUGGGACUACAUCACUGCCGGCAACACGGGGCCCCAGGGCGCCGACUCCUCGUGGCCCUGGCUGUGUGCUCUGGUCAGCGCAUUAACCAUGCUGGUGAUCUUGCCCCAAUAUGCAAGGUGGCAACAUCGGCUCCGCGAGACCCUGGACCGACGACAGGUCGAUCCCGACGACUUCGCGCUGUUCCUCGACGGCCUCCCCUCAGAUGCCAGGGACGAGGACGAGAUCAAGGCCUUCGUGGAGCAACAUGGGCGUGCUGGAGAGCACACAGAGGUCGUGAUGGUGGUCAUCGCCUAUGACAUGGAGGUCUUUCAGACAAUGCUGAGUGAUAUCAAAGAAGCCAAAGAGGAGCUGGCAGCUUGUGGCUCUUCCGCCCCGGAGCGAGGCGCCUUGCUCGAGCGGCUCAAGGAACUGCGCAGACCCUUUAGGUCCUCCGAGGCCCUCCGGUCAGUGCUGCCCUGCACAGGACAAGCCGUGGUCAUCUUGAGAUCUCAAGAAGAUCAUCGAGAGGUCUUGGAGCAAUGGGACAACACCUUUGAGUGGCUCAUGAACCUCACCCAGUGCCUGAAGAUCAAUAGUCGCACUACACGGUUUCGCAAGAGGCACGUGGUGCGGAUCACACGCGCAGCGAACCCCUCGGACAUCUUGUGGGAGAAUUUGACGGCCUCGCACCAGACACGUUUGUGGCUCCGGGCCAAGACCUACGCCUUUGUGGGGCUAACCCUGGCUGGCUGUUUGGUCCUGGUGGUCGCGAUCAACCGGAUCAUGGAUUAUUUCAUUGGACACAAGGCGGACCGAAGCAGCGGCGCGUUGACCACGCUCUCGAGUUUGCUGGUGGCCUUUACAGUGAUGGGGAUCCGGAUUUGGGCUUCCUUGAGCAUCAGGAAGCAGGUGAUGCAGCAAAAACACAUGACCAAAACAACUCGCGACGUGUCACUGCUGGCGAAGCUCUCGCUCUUCUACUUGACGUGCUACUGCGUCAUUGCCAUCCUGGUGAAUUGGGAGCCCAGCUAUUGGUAUAUGGCUGGGAAUCUGGUCUCCGACAUUGCCACCCUGAUGACGUUCAACUGCAUCACGAUCCCGCUCUACAUCAUCUUCAGCUGCAGAGUACUCAUCAGGAGCUUCCUCCGUGAUCGUCGAUUGGAUCUGGCGAACCCUCCACCCAAGAUGACGCAGAACCAGUUCCAAACCUUCUUUGAGCUGCCUGAGAUGGACCAGACAAGGCCCUUUGCCAAGGUCCUCUUGACCUUCCUUAUGGGCUUCGUCUUUAUGCCCAUGUGGCCCUACGCCAUCCUGAUCGCAUCAGCAGCGUUGUUUUUUGAGUACUGGGCCUACAAGUACCAGCUGCUGCGCCAGUCCAAGCGACCCUAUCGCCAAAGCGUGGACGUGGCCCAUGCGGCGCUCCGGAUCGUAUACAUCGGCCUUGCGGGCUAUGCGCUGACACAGGCGAUCUUCCUCACUCCGUCCUUGUCCGAAGAUCAAGGCACCUGGUCAUCAACCCUAACGCUGCCAUUGCUGGUGAUGCCUUUGGUCUUGCUCUGCUUGUCCAUUCGCUUGCAGAGGCUCGUUUGUGGUGGCUGCGUUUUUGAAGAGAAGGGGCGGACUUCAACCUCUGUAGAUUACUACAGCGCCCAACGGACCUGGGCGAAGCACCAGAAGUACCACACCACAAACUUGGUCUACUUGCGUGGCUUCGAGAUGAUCGACGCAGCGGGUAAGAAGCUGAAGUACGACCCACGGACUGGGAACCUCCCAGACCCCGCCUCCCUGCGCACACCACCAGCGCCACCGGCGCCCAGCGAGGGAAGUCGACUGGGUAGCCUCACUGGCAAGGAGGAUUUGGAAUCAGGCGCUGGUGGCUCUCGCACAGUGGAGACCGGCCCCGAUGGUGAGGACUCGGAGGAGUUGGAGGAAGAGCCGGAGGAGACUGAGGCGAUCGCGGAGGAAGACCCCGCGGCACUGGCCAUGGAGGAGAUCAAACACAAGGUACCUUGGCACGAUGAAGGCGACGAUGAAGGUGACUCGGGCGACUCGGGUGACUCCGAAGAUAGCGAGGCAUCGGAGGAGGAACCAUUGGAGCCAUUAAUGCUGCGCAGCGGAGUGCUGGCGCGGAUCCACGGACUGCAGAAGGCUGGGGCAGAGCAGUUCAAUGGGCAGACUUGCACCGUGCUCCAGCCCUCUGGCGAGAAGUGGGUGGUGCUUUUACGUGAUGGUCGGAAGGCCGCCAUGGCUGUAGAGCACUUGCAACUGAAGGCCAAGAUCAUCCACCUACGCUCCAGCCAGGGCAAGGUCUACAACAGCACCAUUUGCACGCUCUUGCGCUUCGACCGCCGCGCGGAGAAGUGGCUGGUGGAGCUUUUUACGGGGGUUGAGGCCCACGUGCCGGCGGAGAACCUGGUGCCUCUGAGAGAGUAA